AUGACCGCCGUGUUUGUCCGUCACCCGCUCUCAACAAUUUCUCUGCAUGGUCGUGGACAACCAGGCUUCUCUACUACUACAACUCUUGCUACCUCUCGAAAGAGGAAUUCGGCUGUACUUGACUCGGACGAUAACACCGACAUGCAAUCUUACCUGGCAGCUCCCUCCGCUAAUGGCCGCUAUCUCGCCCCGCCUCCUUCAUCCUCGUCCGGCCGCCGCAUCCCCGCGUUGAAGAUCGGCGAGGAUAUAGACGACUUUCUUUCGUCUGAUCUCGAGCACUCCUUUGCUUCGAACAUGUCCCUUCAGUCGCCCGACAAGUCCGGCCUGUCUGUAGCCGACAGUGAUGCUAUGGAGAUCUCGCCCAUGCCUAUGCGUACCUUCAAGUCUGAGAACGUCGACUUGGAGCAGGCAGCGCGUAGGAACUUGCUCGGCAAUCGCCCUCGUGCGAGCACCGUCAACUUGGGCGUCCAGCGCCUGUUCGGUCGCGAUGCCAGCAAUGACGACAUGUCAACCAUGUCGGGCGCAUCAAAUGGUACCAAGUCGUCGAACAAGCGCACUCAGCGCGCCGCCCUGCCUUUUGAGUGGAUGUCUCAGGCGCGUGAGCCGUCGCCCGUUGCCCAGGCUGCGCCCGCCUCGGACGACGCCAUGGAUAUAGACUCGUCCUACUCGCAGUCCAUUUCUGUCGAGGUCGACGCUCCGUACGUGGACCUGUCAUCGCCGGAGCCUGCACCACUCUCCGCCGCGCCGACGAUCACUGGCUUUGACACCUUCUCACCGGCACCCCUAUCAGCGGCGCCGACAAUCAAGGGCUUCGACGCAUUCUUCGACGCAGUUUCACCGGAGCGCUCGCGCGACGACAUCGCCGCUCAUCCUGCCAAGAAGCGGCGCUCAAUUUCGCCUCCCCGUGCUGGCCGUCGCCGCUCGGGUACCAUUGGCAGCCCACUUGCGCUCGACAGCUCUCCACUUGCAGCUUCGCCCAGUGCCCUCAAGUUGGAGCGUAUUCUCUCUGGUGGCCCCAGCUCUGGCGCUGCUCGCCUGCCCAAACCUAUGCUCUCCGGUCUCGGAGCACCCGACGCGGUGAACCCUAACAAGCGCGCUCGCCGUCCCGUCGUAUCAUCCAUGAUCGCUGCGCCUGCAGAGCCUGCUCUUCGCUCGGCCAACCCCACUCUUGACGGGUCUGGUGCCCAUCGCCCAAUGCCACCGACCCGUCGCGCGUUCAGCGCUAUGCUUCCACCUGGUGGAGCAUUGACUUUGAACGCCCUCAACGCAGACGGUAGCGCUUCAGCCGAUGAGAGCUCAUUUGACCGCUCGGGCGAUAUGUCUUCGCCUGCAGCCGCGCAUGUCAGGCGCCAACAAGAACGCACCCUCCGCCGUCGCGAUGGCACAGACAACUUCCGGGCUGAGGGCAGUGGGUUGAGACAUAGUGCGGAGAUCAAGCGCGAGAGCCCUCGCUCGCGCGCGAUGCCGGAGUGGGGUCUGGGAAGCUUCGGAGACAACGAGGCGGCGGGCAAGGUCUUGCCGUGCCAUCGUGUGCGCGAGGAUGGGCUGAUGCGUAUCAAGCCCGCCGCGCUCGACGACUUGCUUGACGGCAAGUAUGCGAGCCAGAUCGAUGGGUACCAGAUCAUCGAUUGCCGCUUCGACUAUGAAUACGCAGGAGGGCACAUCCCGGGUGCGAUCAACAUCAACACGACGGCGGCGCUUGAGGAGUUUUUCCUUGGAUCUAUGGCACCGAAGCCCGCUCCAAGCACCUCCGGCGUUGGUCCGCGCAAGAAGAUCCUUGUCUUCCACUGCGAGUUCAGCGUCAAGCGCGCCCCUACGUUCGCGAAGCAUCUUCGUUCGAAGGAUCGUGCGAUGAACAGCAUGCACUAUCCAAGCGUGUACUAUCCUGAGGUAUACGUUCUCGAGGGCGGUUACUGCAACUUCUUCAAGGAGUCUCGCGCCCGCUUGCGGCCCACCGGCUACGUCCGCAUGGAUGACCCUGUCCACGCGGCUUCGCGCAAAGAAGACCUCGACCAGUUCCGCAAGGGCAAGUUCGGCCGCACGCGCUCGUACGCUUACGGUGACAUGCCUGGCGCCGGCAGCAAGUCUUCGUCGUCUGGGUCCAACAUGACGGCAAAGCGCUCGAGUGCACCCACGCAGAGCGCGCAGAUGUUGUUCGGUGCCGCCACGAAGAGGCGCAGCGCACUCGAGGCUCUUGCUGAAGAUCACCCCCCGACGGAUGAGGAGACGGACACGGAUAUCGGUGAUAGUCCGUGCCCUCCGCCUACGCGCAAUGUUGCGUUCAAGGGCAAGCGUAUGGGCGCGCUCACCCGUGCACCGGGAUUGAUCCGCGCUGAGACCUACGACCCUUCGCGCUACGCCGCAUACUGA